GCGUGACCUUUGGCGCCUCUCCAAUUGUCGCCCGACUUCAUUUCCCCGCACUUGUUCCAGUCCAUGCCAUCCUCACAAAAUUACUUGUAAUACCUAGUGCUUUCUCUAGUACAUCAUGAACACCGCUCUCUCGCCCCAGCCGUCCGCGCCGCCGUCCGUCAAUGGCCACGCCGGCCUCGCCAACGGACCAUAUCACGAUUCAAACGGAGACUCCGCGGGUUCCACGUCCUUUGACACCCAGCCUAUGAAUGGGUAUUCACAACAAAAUCCCUUCCAAGCACACAACGAUGAAAUAAUACGGCACCUAUACCAUUCCGGGUUCCAAUCUGGCAACUAUGCCGACACGUUCCUACACGUUGGCGGGCAUGUCUACCGACUACACGCCAUUAUACUAUCAAGAUCACCCUACUUGGCGCAUCUCAUGUCGACAUCACCUCAGACAACUCCACACGCAAUCUACGUUAAUCUAGAACACGAGCCUGAAGUGACUCAAGAGGGUUUCGCGAUAGCUCUCGGCUACCUCUAUUCUUCUGUUUCCCUCGAUCUAAUUCGACCAGAAAACGCGCGGGGUGUCCUUGCCGCCGGUUGCUUACUCGGGGGUAUGGACGACCUUUGCUCAUAUGCCUACGAGGUCUGUCGACAAUCCAUCACCGUUGACACCAUAAACGACUGGGUCAGUUUCGUCGACACUAUGCCUUCACCCUCGGUGUCUGGCGUGUCCACACCUGUGGACAUACCUCCUCCCGCCUCAAUAUUCGGACUGUACGCGCAGAGGUUACGUGAAGACGUCUUCAACUUCCUUGUCGUAACCCUGCCGAACACUCUUGGCAUCAGUGCCACAAGCUCGCCCACCCAAGCGGACCAGAGCAAGACGGGCCGGGAUACACUGCUGCACAUAUUCUCCCGUGUCCCCUUUGAUCUGUUCAAGGCUGCUGUCGAAGCUCCGCAAUUCCAGAUUGGAUCCGACCAAGCGAGAUUUAAGUUCGCUAAAGAAGCCAUUGAUCUGAGGAAACGGGGUGUUGCUCGUGGAUCCGGAGCAGAAGAGACGGUAGUUCUUGCUUUCGGGGCCAGCCCUGCGGGUGGAAGUACAGUUCACGUCACCCGGAAAAUGCGCAAGCGCCCCCUCUGGAAGGUGAACUCCCCAUCUUGAAGGGCGGUCGGGAUAUGCUGGGUUGCGUUCGUCUAUAUCGUUUGUUGUCUGUUGCUACACAUUGCAAUUGAACAAGGCGCUCAUGUGCAAGGACUGGAUGAAC